GUGUUAUAAAGCUUUCCAAAUGUGUAAAAUGAUUAUGAAUGGACAACAUUAUUAGCAAACCUAAUAUGCAGAAAUAGAAGACAUGAAUAGAGUUUUACUAAAUUAGAAAAAGAAAAAUAGGAAAACAACCAAGAAAACAUCAUUAAACAAAGUAUAAAAAGAUUAGACCUUUCUUCUCACAAUGAUCAGGGACCCGGUAGCGUGGAGACCGGGUCCAGAAUCAUAAAAGCUGUUGAAGAAAAACGCGAACAUUUAUUUACAUUUUUUUAACUAGAAUUAGAAAAGGCCUUAAACGCUCAUCUAAACUGCUGUUUUAUUUUUGCCAUCUUCUUUUGUUCAAUCAUGUAAACAGUUUGUUAUAUGAUAAUGUUUAUAUGUUCUGGAGUGUUCAAUAAACUCAAAAGAAGUGUUUGUUCCCAUUGGAGAUGCUGUCCGGUGUCGCAGUGUUUUGGCCCUCGCCGGCCGCCGUAGUCAAGGCUGCGGGAUCUCUGGCGGUAAUUUCGGGGGUGGACAUCAUGUCGGAACCGGCGGUUCGGAUCUCAGGAAUAGUUCUGGCUUCUCUCAUGUUCCAACACGCGAACAGCGACUCGGACGUGGAGGGUCUCGUGCUCGGAGAAAGCAGGUUUGAUGAGCAGGUGACCAUCAGCGACUCUCAGUCCGACCACGUCCACAUCCAGGAAACGUACAACGUGCAGAAGCAUGUGGCCUGCCACCAGCUGAACACUCUGUACAGCGGCUCUGGGGAGGUGAACAUGGAGGUGCUGCAGGAGAUGCUGGCGGGCGGCAGGCCGUCGGGUCAUGAUGGGGGUCUGCUGGCUCCGCCUCAGGACAGCGUGAUCGGCUGGUACCGGCAGCGCAGGGACUCGGAGCAGCAAAUGAGCUUCAGGGAGAAGGUGGUCCACGACAACCUGAGGAGAGCUCUGGCCAACCCUCACAUGAUCUUCAUGCUGCUGACGCCCAGCAGGGCGGUUCUGACGGGCUCCACACACAGAACCGAGUACGCAGCCUUCAUCCGCCGGGACAGGCGCUUCAAGAACAUCCCUGUGCUCGUCAACAACUUGGGUCUUCUGGAGCAGCAGGGCUACUGGAGGGGGUCUGCGCCGUGCUCAGCCACUGGUUACAUCAUCACCAUGAAGAAACACAGGUCCAAAUUCUUCUGCUCCAGCGGGUCGGUGAAGGAGGUGAGCGAGGUGAACAGCAUGAACGAGUCGCUGCAGGUGGAGCUCCAGAAAGCCUGCAGAUGUGUGGAGGAGAGCGAGCGUCAGCUGGAGGCUCUGCAGGUGGAGGUUUCUGCUCUCAGGAGGAGGUUAGGGGAGAAGCAGCAGCCAGAACCAGUCGCCGCCGUUCAGCCCGAGCAAAGGAACAACAGCGCUCUGCUCAGCGCCGUCAGGGAUCUGCUGGGCUGCUCGCCUAUGUUCCUCACACAGACACUAACGCUGAAGGCAUUUCCGGUGCCUGAGGAAUACGCCUCACCUGAAACGCAGGUAAAGGAGGAGCAGCUCCCCCUUCUGGAGCUGAGUGACACGACCUCGCGGAAGAGGCUGCGAGAGCUGGCGGUGAGGGAGAGGAAGCGCCGAAGGAGCAGGUGAUGAGUGGACGAUUACCUGAAUCCUGCCAAAGGACCCUGAUAAGACUGCAUUUCCCACAAUUCACUUUGUGAUUCAAUACAUUUGUUGUUCCAAAGCUUUUAAAUAAAGUUGAAUGUUCAGACAUAAUUUCCUCUGCAGGAUCCUGUGAGCAGCUUCAGACACAGAAUAUUUACAGAGAGAUUUUUGAAAAUUACUUUUAUUCAUGAAGACCUGCAAUAAAAAUGAUGUUUCAAAA